CCUUUCACUUUUUUCCUUCAUCUAUUUUCUUUUCUUUUCCUAUAUAAUCAAAAGCCAUUAAGUUUUCUUACACUUCAACAUUCUCCUUCUUAAAAACCACUCUCUCAUUCCUUCCAUAUCUUAACUUUCACUUUUUUUUCUUCUCAACAAAUGGAUAACUUUUACCAUCAUCACCAUAACCAUAUCAUCAACAAUAAUAAUAACAACAACAACAAUAACAGUGAUGCACAUUUGCCACCUGGAUUUCGUUUCCAUCCAACAGAUGAAGAACUAAUCACAUUUUAUCUUCUGAAAAAAGUUCUUGACAACACUUUCACUGCAAGAGCCAUAGCUGAAGUUGAUCUCAACAAAUGUGAACCAUGGGAGCUUCCUGAGAAAGCUAAGAUGGGUGAAAAAGAAUGGUAUUUCUUCAGUUUACGUGAUAGGAAGUAUCCAACUGGUUUAAGAACUAAUAGAGCAACAGAAGCUGGUUAUUGGAAAGCAACAGGAAAAGACAGAGAGAUUUAUAGCUCUAAAACUUACUCUCUUGUUGGAAUGAAGAAAACCCUUGUUUUCUAUAGAGGUAGAGCUCCUAAAGGUGAAAAGAGUAACUGGGUUAUGCAUGAAUAUCGCCUUGAAGGAAAAUUUGCUUACCAUUUUCUCUCUAGAAACUCCAAGGAUGAAUGGGUGAUUUCACGUGUGUUUCAAAAGAGUCACACCGGAACCGGAAGCUCCACCGUAUCAGCCACCACAAGUGGUUCAAAAAAGACCAAAAUAACCUCAACAACUUCAGCAAGCAACAAUAGCAUGAGUCUAUGCCCUGAACCAAGUUCACCUUCUUCAGUUUACCUUCCACCUCUUCUUGAUUCAUCUCCUUACACUGCCGGCACCGCUGCAACCGCAUUCGACAACCGUCAAAUGUGUACUUACAACAACAACAACAACGACAACAACAGCUCCAACAACACAACAAAGGAGCACGUGUCCUGUUUCUCCACAACAUCAACAACAUCAAAUGUUGUCUCAUGUCAUAACAACUUCAACAACAAUAAUGGAAGUUUCGAUCUUGUUUCUCCUUCUAUGAAUGCUAUGGAUCCAUUUGCAAGGUUUCAAAGGAAUGUUGGUGUUUCUGCUUUUCCAAGCUUGAGGUCAUUGCAAGAUAAUCUUCAGCUUCCUUUCUUUUUCUCCACGGCGGCGCAGCCUUAUCACGGUGGUGAUAAUAUUCUCAGUGGAUGGGGGUUGCCGGAGGAGCAAAAGGUGGUUGAUACUGGUGGUGUCGUUAACAUGGGAGGGUUAGGUUCCUCUGAGCUUGAUUGCAUGUGGAACUAUUAACUAAUUAUUAAUUAAGAAUUAGCAUUAAUUAAGUGUGUUUGUUUGGGUCCAUUAUUAGGAUUUAAGUUUUCUAAGAUUGACUAGUUGGAUUGUAAGGGUAGUUUUGGAAUUGUGUGUUUUAAUAUUAUGUUUGGGACCAUAGGGGGUCCCCUUUGGUGGGAUCUUUAUAACUUAUUAUUAUUAUGUCAUGUUUUGGAAGUGUUUGAAUUUGUGACUUGUUGAAAUUAAUUAAUAGUACGUAUAUU